GCUUUGUUUGUGUCAUGGAUGAUAGCGGCUGCCUUUAAGACCCUGCAGCUCCCUGGGCCUAGCAGUCCACCCUCCCUGCCUGCUUCCCUGCAGAGAACAAGCCAGAGCGAUACACUAGUGCAGUGCUACCUCUCCUCUGCUCUCAGCUGAUGCACUCACAGCACAGACAGAGAACCAACCAACCCUGCCUGCAUGUUUUCUUUCUUUCUCUGCUCUGUUUUCUCUUCUCUCCCAUUCAUCCUCCUCUCCUCCGGGCCUGGCGACUAUUCUGAAGUCUUGCGUCGGAGGCUGAGGCUGUUUCCUGUCAGAGCAGAGCGUCGUCUGUGAGGCAGCAAGCCAGGAUAUAUCUCUCCCUCUCUCCUUCUCUCUCUCUCUCACUCUGACCAGACAGGGAGGAAACCAGCAGGACCAAAAGGGAGUAGGGAAGUUGUUCCUGGGCUGUGGCUGUGUGGACUACAGGGAGUAUUAGUACGAGGGCUAUAGAAGAGGGGUGUUCUAGAGGAUUAUCGAGAGAGACGCUCUAGAAGCAUCACUGGACCCCCCCCAACCACCGACGACGUCACCUUCUGCUCCUCAUUGUUAUAAGAGCAGACAGGCCAGCGUGGAGCCUGGCAAAGACUGGAGAAUCAGCAUGUCAUCUCAGACUACCAGGAGGAACGUUUACACCCGGACUACCAGUAGUGGCAGCAGCAGGAUGAGUUCAGAUGGGGGUGGCCGGCCUGCCAAGGUGGGUUCCCGGGUGGAGGUGAUUGGGAAGGGGCACCGCGGCACAGUGGCAUAUAUCGGUGCCACGCUCUUCUCCACGGGGAAGUGGGUGGGAGUGAUCCUAGACGAGUCGAAGGGGAAGAACGAUGGCACAGUCCAGGGGAAGAGAUACUUCACCUGCCAUGAGAACCAUGGCAUCUUCGUACGACAGUCACAGAUCCAGCUGGUUGAUGAUGGAGCAGACACCACCUCUCCUGACACCCCAGAACCGGCCUCCAACAAGGUCCCCAAACACGAGAUCCUGGAGACACUCAAGUCCACUAAACUGCAGCGAGGACCCAAGCCCAAAAAGGUGGUGCACGCUUCACGAACUUCCUCGACUCCUGCCCCCAGGAAGACUACGGCCAGAAGGCCCAAGCCCAGCCGUCCUGCGGGAACCGGGGCCUCCAAGGCGGGGCCCUCUGGGUCUGUGUCUGCCUCGGCUGGAGAGAUGAGCAGUAGCGAGCCUUCCACCCCGGCACAGACCCCCCUGGGGGCCCCCAUUAUCCCCACACCCGGGGGGCUCCUCUCCCCUUCAGCCCCCCCACCUCCACUCCCCAGCAAGGAGGAGGAGUCUCUGCGAGGUCAGGUGAAGGAUCUGGAGGAGAAGUUAGAGACUCUGAGGAUGAAGAGGACAGAGGACAAGGUCAAGCUGAAGGAGCUGGAGAAACAUAAGAUCCAGUUGGAGCAGCUCCAGGAAUGGAAGAACAAGAUGCAGGAGCAGCAGAACGACCUGACAAAACAACUCAAAGAGGCCAAGAAGGAGGCGAAGGAGGCCCAGGAGGCGAAGGAGCACUACAUGGAGGAGAUGGCAGACACGGCUGACGCUAUAGAGAUGGCCACGCUGGACAAGGAGAUGGCUGAGGAGCGGGCAGAGUCCCUGCAGCAGGAGGUGGAGUCACUGAAGGAGAAACUAGAAGAGCUCGCCAUGGACCUGGAGAUCCUCAAACACGAGAUAGAGGAAAAAGGUUCAGACGGUGCUGCUUCCAGUUACCAUGUCAAACAGCUGGAGGAGCAGAACGGCAGGCUGAAGGAAGCUCUCGUCAGGAUGCGUGACCUGUCUGUGUCGGAGAAACAGGAACAUGUGAAGCUCCAGAAGCAGACGGAGAGGAAGAGUAUAGAGCUGGACACCCUGAGGACUCAGAGAGAGAAACUCCAGGAGGAGAUGAAGCUGGCCGAGAGGACCAUCGAUGAACUCAAAGAACAGGUGGAUGGGGCUCUAGGAGCUGAGGAGAUGGUGGAGACUCUGACAGAGAGGAAUCUGGACCUGGAGGAGAAAGUCAGAGAGCUGAGAGAGACCGUCGUUGAUCUGGAAGCCAUCAAUGAAAUGAAUGACGAGCUGCAGGAGAACGCCAGAGAGACGGAGUUGGAGCUCAGAGAGAUGCUGGAUCUGGGCGGAGGCAGGGUCAGGGAGGCGGAGAAACGGGUGGAGGCUGCUCAGGAGACCGUAGCCGACUAUCAACAGACCAUCAAGAAGUACCGCGAGUUGACCGCUCACCUGCAGGAAGUGAACAGAGAGCUGACCAGCCAGCAGGAAGCCACAGCUGAACAACAGCAGCAGCAGCAACCUCCGGCUGAGAUGUUUGACUUCAAGAUCAAGUUUGCUGAGACUAAGGCCUAUGCCAAGGCCAUAGAGAUGGAGCUGAGGAAGAUGGAAGUGGGCCAGGCCAACAGACAGGUGUCUCUCCUCACCUCCUUCAUGCCCGACUCCUUCCUACGUCAUGGAGGAGACCACGACUGUAUUCUGGUUCUUCUGCUCAUACCAAGACUGAUCUUCAAGGCGGCGCUGAUCAGUAAGCAGGCCCAGGAGAAGUUUGAUCUGAACGACAACUGUGUGGAGAGGAGCGGGAUGAGAGGAGCGGCUGGGGAACAGCUGAGCUUUGCUGCUGGACUCGUCUACUCUCUCAGUCUGCUACAAGCUACAUUACAUAAAUAUGAACAUGCGCUGAACCAAUGCAGUGUCGAAGUAUAUCAGAAGAUCGGGACUCUGUACCCGGAGAUGGGCGUGCACGAACGUUCCCUGGACUUCCUGAUUGACCUGCUGCACAAAGACCAGCUGGAUGAGACGGUGCACGUGGCGCCACUCACCAAGGCCAUCAAAUACUACCAGCACCUGUACAGUAUCCACCUGACAGAGCAGACAGAAGACUGCACCAUGCACCUGGCUGAUCACAUCAGGUUUACCCAGAGUGCGUUGGACUGUAUGUGUGUGGAGGUUGGUCGUUUGCGUGCGUUCCUUCACACAGGGCAGGAGAAGACGGACCUGGCCGUGCUGCUGAAGGAUCUAGAGACUUCCUGUUCUGACAUCAGACAGUUCUGUAAGAAGAUCCGCCGACGCAUGCCUGGUACGGACGUACCUGGGAUACCUGCUGCACUCACCUUCCAACAGCAGGUGGCAGAUAUUCUGCUGGACUGCAGGAAGCACCUGACCUGGGUGGUAGCCGUGCUGCAGGAAGUGGCGGCUGCAGGAGCACAGAUGGUUGCCCAUCUAGGCGAGCAGGAGGGACUCUCCGCACUCAAACUAGAGGACGUGGCCUUUAAGGCUGGAGAGCAGAUCUAUGGAACUCAAGGUUCUAACCCCUACGGGUGCCUGCGUCAGUCCUGCUGCAUCGUCAUAGCAACCAUGAACAAGAUGGCCACCGCCAUGCAGGAAGGAGAGUACGACGCAGAUAGACCCCAGAUCAUGACACUUCCUCCGGUGGAGCUGCGUGCAACAGCCCUCAGAGCGGAGAUCACCGACGCAGAAGGACUGGGCAUGAAGCUGGAGGACAGAGAGACAGUCAUCAAGGAGCUCAAGAAGUCACUCAAGUUCAAGGGGGAGGAGCUGAGUGAGGCUAGUGUCCGGCUCAGUCUGUUGGAGAAGAAACUAGACAGUUCAUCUAGAGACGCAGACGAGCGCGUAGAGAAGAUCCAAACUCAACUAGAUGAGACUCAGACUCUGCUCAAGAAGAAAGAGAAGGAGUUUGAGGAGACCAUGGAUGCGCUGCAGGCUGAUAUCGACCAAUUGGAGUCGGAGAAGGCGGAUCUGAAGCAGCGUCUGAACAGCCAAUCAAAGAUGACCAUGGACGGGCUGAGAGGAGCGCCAACGUUGGGCAUCGCCUCCAUUGUCACGGGGAUGACAGGAGAAGAGCAGAAAGCGACUAUGGCCAGUAUGGGUCCCAGUAUGGGUCCUGGGUCGGGGGUUCCGGUGAUAGACUCUCCUCUCCUGACGCAGCAGAUUGAGGCUCAGAGACACAGCAUCAAACACCUGAAGAAUGAAAACAACAGACUCAAGGCUGAGAAGAUGCGUGCCCAGCUGUCCUCUCUACCACCUCUCCAUGUCUCCAAGCUCCCCACUAGAGACGGCUCUCACCCACAGGUGCUCUCUAGCGCCCUCUAUCGUAAGACUGACCAAUUACUGGACACGUUACUGCAGAUGAGUGCCAACGUUAAAGUGGUGGACAUCACUGGCAAAUCCCCAGUAACUCCUAGUGCUCAGCUGUUGGAACACACAGCCAGACUCCAGUCCCUUAGCAACACUCUGGACAGACUGAAGGAUGAGGUAUCAGAACAUGUGGUGACCCAGAGACCUGGAGCUAGAGCCUUGUCUGAUUUUGCCACGUUCCCCUGCUCCUCCUUCGUCAAGGUCCAGGAGGAAAAAAGGGGGGACAUGGUGCUGGUGGGGAAGGUGAUGAUGCCUUGUUCCCGUGGUCAGGAGCAAGUCCACCGUCUCGUGCUAUCACAGCCUCAGCUCCAAAGAGUGCACCGCCUCCUGCUGACAUAGGCUCCACCUUCAACCUGCCCCGUUGCUCCGCCUCCCCAUCUGUCUGUCUGAGAGGGGAUGUUUUUAUAGGCCAAAGCAUUGGGCGUGUGUUCGUAUACGCAAACAGUGCUUGACUUGGGCCGUGAGCUCACUGAACUGAGAGCCAGUACCUUAAUUUGUUCUAUUGCCUGAGUUCCAUUCUGCCCUUUUUAUUGCGUAGUUCUGGCACCUGAAUAUAAACGUUAGCAGGACCCAAAAUAAACAAAUAAAAACCAGCGCCAAGUCAAGCACUGUUCGUACGUACAGUUAGAGUCCUCAUACGCUCACUUCCUCUGUAGAUCAUUUGGUAGAGCAUAGCCCCUGUAAUGGCAGCAUAGUGGGUUUGAUUCCGGGGACCACCUAUACACAAAAAUGUAUUCACGCAUGACUGUAAGACACUUUGGAUAAAAGCGUCUGCCUGAAUUAUAUUAUACGUAAACACACACUAUUAACCACUGUCUGUUGAGGGUGAUGCUGCCUGCUACCCAUCUUACUGUCUGUCUGUUGAGGGUGAUGCUGCCUGCUACCCAUCUUACUGUCUGUCUGCUGAGGGUGAUGCUGCCUGCUACCCAUCUUACAGUCUUUCUGUUGAGGGUGAUGCUGCCUGCUACCCAUCUUACUGUCUGUCUGUUGAGGGUGAUGCUGCCUGCUACCCAUCUUACUGUCUGUCUGCUGAGGGUGAUGCUGCCUGCUACCCAUCUUACUGUCUGUCUGCUGAGGGUGAUGCUGCCUGCUACCCAUCUUACUGUCUGUCUGCUGAGGAUGAUGCUGCCUGCUACCCAUCUUACUGUCUCAUCUUUUAAUUAUGACAUUUAAAUAAGAUGGUCUUUGCACAUUAGGCCCUAUUUAGACUUGACAUAAGUUGACUUUUAACAUGGAUUUAAGUCCAUGUUUUAUAUCCAUGUUAAGUCUAUUUAUCUCAAGUCUGAAUCAGACCCAUUAUAAUUUCCAGGUUGAACAUCAAUAUAUAAGUGAUCGAGUUAUAACGACAGAGCCAUUUUCCGUCCGUUGUCCCGUAGUUCAUGACAUUGUGCUUGUGUAGGACGGUGUUGUUGUACAUGUAACUUAUUCCUUACCCUUACUCUUAACUAUCUACAGCAAAGGGUGUCAAACUCCUCGUCCCCAGCGGGCCGUAUUCGGUCUUCACUGGGCGCCGCAGUCCCCCCCCCAGAAUAACAAAAUAAUAAUACUUCAAAACAACCUUGAGUUUGACACAUGAUCUAAACGGAGAGAAAACUAUAUCUUGAGUUGUCAGAUUGCUGUGUAUUAGUUGGGAUUAUUCUACUGCAGUUUAAUUUACAUUUCAACAGGGAUUACGGAGUAAAAACACAUUAAUUUGAAGGGAUUUUAUGAAACAUGGAUGAAAUGUUUUAUUUUUACAGGUCGUAGCUUAAUUUAUUGCAUAUUUAUUGCACAUAUUAAAUGCCAGUAAAUUGUAAAUUGUUACCUGAUUGGUUGUAAUCUGUUUUAAGUAGUUAAAAUAUAGCGAUGUGUAUUACAGGUGAGACUCUUGCUGUGUAGAAUGACCCCUGGUCAUCAUAACCUUCAUUAAACUACUGACUGGUCACGUCA